UCUAUGUCUUCAGCAAAGUGCUUUACUUUACAUGUUGACAUAUGCAUGUAAUAGAGCAUGGUGUCAUCUAAGGGGUCUAUUUCUAUUGAUUGGAUUUUUAUGGUGAAAUGGUACCCUUCUAAAUUCUAUGAAUCUCUGACUCACUUUCCUGGUAGCUGGUCUGAGCAGUGGGGAUGGUUGGGGUAGAGCUCCCCAGGGCACAGCUCUGUGGCACGUCAUCAAACACUGUGGGCGUCUUUGAAGAGCCCAGUGCAGCACACCAUUGUCAGCUCCUCCUCCUUUGGUACCCAACCUGACGCUGCCCACGUAAACUGGGGUAUGAUAUAAACAGUUGCCUCUGCAGCAGCCAGGGUACCUUUUGCUCUAGGCCUCUCAAGUCUUUCCUGAACUAGAGAACUGCUCACCAUGAAGCUGCUCUCUCACAUCCUCUUCCUGGCCCUGGCUGUGGUACUGGCUCAGUGUGAUGAAGAUACAUCAGCUGUCCCUGACCGUUGUCAAGGCCUUGAGAUGGACGCUGUUGCAAUAAAUGAAGGAGAUAUACCUUACUUUUUCAAGGGUGACCAUCUGUUCAAGGGCUUCCAUGGCAAAGCAGAGCUGUCUAAUGAGUCCUUCGCAGAGUUGGAUGACCAUCACCACCUGGGCCAUGUAGAUGCUGCUUUCCGCAUGCACUAUAAGAACAGCAGUGACCACGACCACAUGUUCUUCUUCUUGGACAACAAGGUGUUCAGCUAUUACAAACACAAACUUGAGGACGGCUUCCCCAAGGAUAUCUCUGAAGUCUUCCCUGGAAUCCCUGACCACCUGGAUGCUGCUGUAGAGUGUCCCAAGCCAGAGUGUGAUGAAGACUCUGUCAUCUUCUUCAAGGGAAACGACAUCUACCACUUCAAUGUCCAAACCAAGGCAGUUGAUGAGAAAGAGUUCGAGUCCAUGCCAAACUGCACAUCUGCUCUCCGCUUUAUGGAGCACUAUUACUGCUUCCAUGGACAUAUGUUCUCCAAGUUUGACCCAAAGACUGGCGAGGUGCAUGGCAAAUACCCCAAAGAGGCACGAGACUACUUCAUGAGAUGCUCUAAGUUCAGUGAAGAAAGCGACCACGUAGAGAGAGAGCGCUGCAGUCGUGUUCACCUGGAUGCCAUCACAUCUGACAAUGCUGGGAACAUGUAUGCCUUCAGAGGCCACCAUUUCCUCAGUAAAGAUGAGAACAAUGACACAAUGACGGCAGACACCAUCGAAAAUGCUUUCAGGGAGCUGCACAGUGAGGUGGACGCUGUUUUCACAUACCAGGAUCACCUUUACAUGAUCAAGGACGACCAUCUGUUCCUUUACAAAGUUGGUGAGCCCCACACCCACUUGGACGGUUACCCCAAGCCUGUGAAGGAGGAGCUGGGCAUUGAGGGUCCCAUUGAUGCUGCAUUCAUCUGCGAGGAUCAUCACAUUGCUCACAUUAUCAAAGGUAACAAGAUCUAUGAUGUGGAAAUGAAGGCCAGCCCUCGUGCUGCAGUCAACGAGCGUACUAUUCCCGUCUUCAAUAACGUUGAUGCUGCCAUGUGUGAUGGUACAGGAGUGAAGGUGAUCAAAGGCAACCACUUCUACCACUUCAUGAGCACACAUGAGUUUGUUGCUGGCAGGAGCCUGCCUGAGCAGCGUAAGGUUUCCUUGGAGCUGUUUGGCUGUGAUCACUAAGAUGCUUGCUUGACAGAACUGAAUGGAUUAUGCAGAACAUGACAUACAACACCACCACUUAAAUCUUACCUCAGAAUAACCAUUUGUCUGUUUUUGGAAGGGUUCUUUCUUUUCCAUAAUUAUGCUUAGUGAUCCUCUAUAAAGUGGUGUGUUGUCAAGAAGUUAAAGGGUAUUACAAGUUUAUCUGUGAUUCAUUUUGUACAGUGUUGUGAAUAAAAU